CAGAGUAGUACCUGUCUGUCUGUCUGUCAUUUCCACUCAAACUGUCUGAGGAGAACCUGAAGAAUAUUCUGAGAGUUUGUGGAGAGUUAAGUCAUGAUGUCUGAUUCCAGGGUGUCCUCUGUCAUCCAGGAGUGGGUGAGCUCAUACCCGGGUCAGGGCCACGGCCAGACCCUGAACCCCGUCUCCUCCAACCAGGCUGCAUCGACCAACCAGAUGAAUCAGAUGGACAUGAUCUCGUACAGCCACUCUCAGGGGCUGAUGAGGGGCGGUGAUGACAGAGUGGCAGAGCAGAUGAUGGGACUGUCGUACCUGCCGUACACGACGUCCUGCCUCACCAACACCUCCAGCCCGUCCAGCACCAACCACCACCAGAGCAGCACUCAGCAGGACUUCUCUCCCUUCCUGCUGCCCACUCUGAGAGCCCCGGUGACCAAGAGGAGCAUCAGCAAGGACAGUGCCGAGUACCGGCUGAGGCGGGAGAGGAACAACAUCGCGGUGAGGAAGAGCCGGGACAAGGCCCGGCGGAGGAUCCUGCUGACCCAGCAGAGGGCCCUGCAGCUGCAGGAGGAGAACCAGAAGCUGCAGAUGAGGAUAGGACAGCUGACACAGGAGCUGGACACUCUGAAACACAUCCUGUCACAGCGACACAUGCAGGGAGCUGAGGAGGGAGCAGCAGGGGAGUCCAGCAUCUGAACACAUUUCUGCUCGGCAUUAACUUUCAAUUAUAGUCUUCACAGUCGUUACUGGUGCGUCCAGGCAGGUCCUCCAACACUCAAAGUUAAUAGCUUCUUAUUGCUCUUUUGAAAUGUUCACUAUGAAGGCAAGCAUUUGUCAUAAUUUAGGAAAUGGAAAAGUGACCUCGAGGAGCAGAUUGAAAAUUAAUUAUUUUGAGUGGAAUGUAAUGUUAGAUAUGAAAAUGGUUAGUUAUUAUGUUGUGAAAUUGUGAGGAGAAGAACCCCAACACAUUGACAGUGUUAUAGCUACUACUGAGGUCAUUAAGGUCAUGACCUUGAGAUUUUUCGGAGAUAUUUGUGGGCUUAAUAGCAAACUGGAUGGACAUUACAUCUGACUGUACGAGCCGUCUUCAUUUAAUUUUGCAAUUUAUGUCCAGCUUUACAUUUUUGUACAGCAGAAAUUUAGUUUAAAACAUUAAAGGCCUCUCAUUAAACCCUUUAAAACUCAUCUCUAUGUAUCAAAGUUAGAUAUUUACUAAAGAACACUUCAAGCAACUCCGUGGAAAGGUUAUAGAAAUCAGAGGAUGGAUACAAGAAAACUCCAAGUCACUGAACAUCCCUUGGAAUAUAAAUCCACCAUUUAGAAAUUGAAGGAAUAUGACACAUGUAUGUGGUAAACAUGCAGAAACCCAGACCUCAUUUCAAUGAAGAAUUUGUUGUUGGACUUGAAAAUGGCUGUUCACUCAUUACGCAACAUGACAGAUCUGAGCAGUUUUGCAGAGAAGAACGAGGUAAAAUGACAUGAAAAAUGUCAUGAAAAAUGUCGUUUUUAGGGGGGAAUUUUAGUCCAGAAAGUCAAAUCAAAAUAACCCUGAUCCAAAAUAAUAAGAAAACUUCAACAGUGGUUGAAUACCCUUAACAGACAUUGUAACAGCAUUAAGAAAAUACAAGCAUAUGUGGAGGGUCAGUAAUAAAAACAACAGUCUCUUUAGUUUCUGUGAAAUAUGGCUUUAUUUGGUUGUUCAGUCUCUGUGGGGCUUACAACGCUUUACAAUAACCUGGACGGCCCUGUGACAAAUCACAUACAGUUUCACAAAUUCCAAAAAGAGUAGAUUUCCACACAUUCUAUUUUCAAGACAGAAAUGCUCAGAUAUAUUGGACACAGUUUCUGUUUCACAGCUGCCACAGAACACAGAAAUCUUGCCAAAGUAAAAGUCUCCACAUUAAAAAGUCAACCUCAAGAUCAGCAAAAAUAAAAAACAAAAACAAAAUAUUUAUUUAUCAGCCUUUCUCAGUUGCAAAAGUACAAGUUCUUAACUGAGCACUCAGGGAUAUUUGUUUUCUCUGUAAAUGUAUUCUUAUACACGGUUCUGUAAAUAAAUCAUUUUCAGUUUGAAUGUAAUUUCCAAUCUUUUUGCAAAUCUCCUCCUUUGAUUGAUAUGUUCCUUAUAUAUCUUUGUUUCACUGCAUUGUGUUACACUGUGAGUUAUUCCUAUAAAUUGAAUUCAGACCAGGAAUGGAAAAUCGUGCAGAUAUUUGGGUGUAUGAUCCCAGUUAAAGAUCUUUAUGAUGAGUCUUUCCUCUUUCAGUUAAACACGGCAGCUCCUCAACCUCACCAGCUCGCCUCUCUGCUUUACAAUACAUGGCUGCCAUCCCAUAAUACCGUCAACAGAUUGUUUAGUGGUAAAUUUAUUAUCCUCACAUGUGUGGCUCGGUUCUGGACUGCAUUACUAUCUGAGGAGUCCUCCAAACCCUCCACUCCUGCAGCACACAAUGAAACUGAGCCACCACUUAAUUAUUACAAUGUUUUUUGAAGGAACUGUUAGCUCAUAUAUUCAUUGAAGACCAAACCAAGAUAAGAACCUGUGUACUUUAUAGUGGUUUGAUGAAAUUUUGAUUCUAAAAUAAGCUUCUUCUAUUGCUCACAUUGAUUUCUAAAAUGUGUUGUAAUGCUAUUAAUAAUGAAUCUCCAUGUGUUCUAUCAUUCGAAAGUUUGGGGCCACCAAGGCCGUUUCAUGUUUUACAUGAAAACUCACACUUUUGAUUCUUUUGCUAGCAUAAUUGCACAAGGGUUUUCUAAUCAUCAGUUAGCCUUUCAACACCAUUAGCUAACACAAUGUAGCAUUAGAACACAGGAGUGAUGGUUGCUGGAAAUGUUCCUCUGUACCUCUAUGGAGAUAUUCCAUUAAAAAUCAGCUGUUUCCAGCUACAAUAGUCAUUUACCACAUUAACAAUGUCUAGACUGUAUUUCUGAUAUAUUUGAUGUUGUUUUCAUCAAAAAAUGCUUUUCUUUCAAAACUCAGGACAUUUCUAAGUGACUCUAAACUUUUGAAUGGUACUGUACUACUCCAUUAAAAUAAAAUAUUUAAACUUU